AUGGGGUUGUGCACUGUCAUAGGCUGGCGCAUGCUUGUGCAAAGUUUGCAAACGUACUCCUUGCGGUCCAAAACGAGAUGGAAAGAAGAUGCGUUCUCCCUGGUACGACUGCGUGAGUAUGUGCUUCCGGUAAGCUUAAAGGAUUUCGAUGGAAUUCGUAAAGCUCAGUUUAGUGGCGACAGAAAAGCUUCAAGGAUCCUCUCACUCUUUCCCAUUAGGUAGACAGGGGGCUGCGCAUCCUAAUAUAAACGUAGAUCAGAUCAAGCUUCACAGACGUUCAUUUCUAGUCUCGUUCCAACUCUUGAUCCUAAAUCGCGCUCUUAGCUAGGAUUCCAAUUUUGCUUUCUACCUUCCCUCCUCUCCCUUGGAGCUUUUCUACUUAGAACUGGACAUACCUCACGUAUUCCCAGAAGAUCGACGGUGGCCCACUUCUUGGGAAAGUGCCUCAAACUCAGCGCUCUGUCUUCGUUCGCGUCUUAUUUCUUUCGAUGUUCUGAGAAAGAUCCGAAGACACAAAGGAUACACACUGAUCCCGCUGGGCCUCCGUCGACACGGAUACGCGCAGGGCAGGAGCAAAGUACGACCCUCGAAAUUUUCGGAGCGAUAAAAAGACGACCGCGCCGGACGAGACCACGUUGGAGGUGCCUCAAGACGUCGCCCACAACCCAUUCUACCGUGGGCCAGUUCGGACUUGCCAUACGCCGAAGACGGCGUUGGCCGUGACCGCCCCCGAAGCGUUGGCCGUGACCGCCGGAGACGGCGUUGGCCGUCGGGUUUUCGUUUCCAAACAGGAAAAUCUGGGCAAGAGAAUCAAGGACAACGCGAGCAAUGCAUGGAAAAAAACGAAGGAGAUCUUGAAAACCAAAACCGCGAAGAUCGUUGGGGCGGCUGUCGGAGCGGCUGCCGGAGCGGGGCUCCUGACGGUGGGGGCUGUUCGGCACUUGCGCAAGAAACGCAGCGCAGGCGCAGGCGCCGGCGCCACUGCGACGACCGAGGACCCGGCGACGACCGGGCCCGGGAGCUUUCUGCAAGAACAAGCAGAAAAAGAAGGCGACAGCUUUCAUCUGCACGAAUACGAUGCCGCGGCUACGCCGGCGCCGGCUCUGGUGCUCGCCAAGGAGGAUGUCGCGGCCGUCUCCGAUGGCGACGUGCCGGCGACCGCCUUGUAGGUGACAGCAACUAGUACAUCAAGGCGGCGUGUACUUUCAAGCCGCAACAUAGCAAGCGGCUAAUAAAUAUGAAUAUGUCACUUAAGUUUCGUUCUCUUUGUCGUGUCGUCGCUCGGCGUUGAUGAAGAAGAGGACCACGACCAAAAACAUAUAUGCGAGGAGAACGAGAAGUCGUUUAUAUAAAUAUAAAUAAUGUCGCGAGGGUGGUCGGACUCGUACAUCAUCAACAUGAACUCUACACAUAUUCUUGAGACUCUAUCGGCGCCAGCGCGUGAAGUAUUCCACUCACCCGACAAUUAUUGCGCAGAAGUGUAGUGGUCUACAACUUGUUACAAAGAGAGUAGUGCCAUGAUCUCAGCGUUCUCGAUAAUAAGUAAUAGCUAUAUAUAUCAAGCACGUAGAACUACAGCGCCGAACUUCUAUCUCCAAGAACUCCGCACAGAUGAAUAGCGAUAGCAUCGAACAGAAUACACUCUUCACCAUCAAGCACGUAGAAGGAAGAAAAAAGCCAAGUUACCUUUCACCCGUACAAGAUUCAGACCUCACGCACCAACAAGAAGCUGCGCCGCGCUACUUCCGUGGUGCAGCUGCAGGAGCCACGACCGUGGAUGACGAGGUGGAUAAAAAGAAAAUACUAGGACGAUCGUCGCACGACACAGGAGUGACCACAGCGCGAUGAACUUGAACAAGACGUCUUGUCCUAACUUGUGCGCCGACUGAGCAGCAGGACUCCGCGUGACUGCCUCAGUUUGUUUUUUUAUCUUUUGUUGACUGGUAUAGAGCUGCGGGGGAACUACACGCACAGUAUUUUUUAUGGAAGCGUCAGGAUCGAAAUCAACAAAAUCGAAAUAAUUUGUGAUGCAUAAAAUCGAUACCAGUUGGAGCCUCAGUUUCCAAGUGUUGCAUGACAAAUUUUGGGAGCACCAAGACCCAGUCUGUCAUGCUGCUUUUUAGGCCAAGAAGACUGCGCCUGGCAUGCUACUCUGGUAGUACAUGUUUAGGGCUAAACAGGCUUGCAAUCGGUCUCAUUUGCCCCCUCUCCAACACAGGCCUUACGGGCCUUGCAUUUUAUGCAUUACAAAUGUUUCGAUUUUGUCGAUUUCGAUCCUGACACUCCCAUAUUUUUGGUGGUGGGCAGCUCGUCCGCCGGAUGACAAACGCAACGCCAGCUCCUUAUGGCGUUCUCAACUGUUACAUUCUUCACUGUUCUUGCAUGAAUUUGUCAUGCAAGAAUGGCAAAAAUGAAAGCAAAGGAGGGAGCUUGCGCGUCUUGCAUGACAGAUGUGGUACAGAUUUAGACGCUGUUUAGCCAUUCGAGAACUUGUCAUGCGAAGCAGCUUGAUUGUCUGGUGGCUCAAGGUCAUUUUGCAUGACAAAUCAUGUAACAGUUGAGAAUGUAACACUUGAGAGCGCCAUACUCCUCUAGUGUAGUUGUCACGCCACUUAAAAAUUAUAUCUCGAAGAUGAAGCCCAAGCUUCACAAUUAAGUAUGAAGAGCACUACAUCACAAUUUUGUAUACUGGCCAGCUGUGAUGUGUCGGCGCUUUCAUCAUACAUUUUGCGCCGGCGCCGCUCAGCAGCGGCCAGCUUCUGCGUUACGAAUCUUCGACUCUCUUCACGACAGAGCAGAUCGGGAGCUACAGUUUCACCCGAAAACAAUAUAUAAAAACGAUCCCGAAAGUAAGUAGAAGUAUCUACUUACUUGUAUGCUCGGGCUGUGUCUUUAAUUUGAAGAGUUGAAGUAAAAUCAUAUCAAUCUCUAUCCGGCAAGGUGGAG